AGUCUGCUCUACCGUCGUCCAAAUGCACUCAUUUGCAACUGAUGAGAAGCGAAAAGUCUUAAAUUUUCACAACGAAAUGAGACAAAAAGUAGCUAGAGGACACGAGCAGCGCGGAAAUCCAGAACCUCAGCCAGCUGCAACUAACAUGCCUCAAUUGACAUGGGAUGAUGAGUUAGAGGAGAUGGCACAGCAGUGGGCUAAUCACUGUGACCUUGAGAAUCAUGAUUCUUGCCUACCAAAGGGCGUUGGUCAAAACAUGGCCAGUCGAGGUACUGCAGGAAACGUGAAUAGUAUAGACGUUAAAUACUUGCUCAAGGAUUGGUAUAAUGAAGUAGACCUUUUCAACAGUAAUGAAGUUGCUAGUUUUGUAUUCCAUGAGGAUCCCAAGAAGAUAAUUGGUCAUUACACUCAAAUGUUAUGGGCUAAGACUACCAAAAUUGGCUGUGGUGCUAUCAAAUUUAAGGAAGGGGAAUUCAAUACAUUUUUCCUUGUCUGCAACUAUAGAGUAGCAGGAAACUGUCCGGGUGAACCGGUUUAUCAAAGGCGAUAAUUAUUUAUUUGUUUUUGUCAUUAGUAGUUGUUUUUGUUAUAUUCAACUGUGAACAUCGUGUACAAGUAUUAUUUGAAGCAAAAUAAAAUUCGUCUUCUAAAUGUUAAAAAA